GAAGUAAACAGGUCAUGGCACGUUUAACAAAAAGACGACAGGCGGAUACAAAAGCUAUCCAGCAUCUUUGGGCAGCUAUUGAGAUUAUACGGAACCAGAAGCAAAUUGCCAACAUUGACCGUAUUACAAAGUAUAUGUCUCGAGUCCACGGUAUGCAUCCAAAAGAGACCACCCGUCAGCUGAGCUUAGCUGUGAAAGAUGGUCUUAUUGUUGAAACUCUAACAGUGGGCUGCAAAGGUUCAAAAGCUGGUAUUGAACAAGAAGGAUAUUGGUUGCCAGGAGAUGAGAUUAGCAUUAAGAAGAAAAAUACAAACAAACAGGAGAUGAGCACAUACCUGAGAUUCAUUGUCUCCCGCAUGAAGGAGCGGGCUAUAGAUCUUAAUAAAAAGGGGAAAGACAAUAAACAUCCAAUGUACAGGAGGCUGGUACAUUCAGCUGUUGAUGUUCCCACCAUACAAGAGAAAGUGAAUGAAGGGAAAUACCGAAGUUAUGAAGAGUUCAAAGCUGAUGCUCAACUGCUUCUCCACAACACAGUUAUUUUCUAUGGAGCAGAGAGUGAGCAAGCUGACAUAGCAAGGAUGCUAUAUAAAGACACAUGCCAUGAGCUGGAUGAACUACAGCUUUGCAAGAAUUGCUUCUAUUUGUCAAAUGCUCGCCCUGACAAUUGGUUCUGCUAUCCUUGUAUACCUAAUCAUGAGCUGGUCUGGGCUAAAAUGAAAGGUUUUGGGUUUUGGCCAGCCAAAGUCAUGCAGAAAGAGGACAAUCAGGUUGACGUCCGCUUCUUUGGUCACCAUCACCAGAGGGCCUGGAUUCCUUCUGAAAAUAUACAAGACAUCACUGUUAACAUUCACCGGUUGCACGUUAAGCGCAGUAUGGGUUGGAAAAAGGCAUGUGAUGAGUUGGAAUUGCAUCAGCGUUUCCUUCGUGAAGGAAGAUUUUGGAAGUCUAAGAAUGAGGACCGAGGUGAGGAAGAGGCAGAAUCCAGUAUCUCCUCCACAAGUAACGAGCAGCUGAAGGUCACUCAGGAACCAAGAGCAAAGAAAGGACGACGUAAUCAAAGUGUGGAACCCAAAAAAGAAGAACCAGAGCCUGAAACUGAAGCAGUGAGUUCUAGCCAGGAAAUUCCGACAAUGCCUCAGCCAGUAGAAAAAGUUUCAGUUUCUACUCAGACCAAGAAGUUAAGUGCCUCUUCUCCGAGAAUGCUGCAUCGAAGCACUCAGACCACUAAUGAUGGAGUGUGUCAAAGCAUGUGCCAUGACAAAUACACCAAAAUUUUCAAUGACUUUAAAGACCGAAUGAAAUCUGAUCACAAGCGAGAAACUGAAAGAGUUGUACGAGAAGCUCUAGAAAAGCUGCGUUCUGAAAUGGAAGAAGAAAAAAGACAAGCUGUAAAUAAAGCAGUAACCAAUAUGCAGGGUGAGAUGGACAGAAAAUGUAAGCAAGUAAAAGAAAAGUGUAAAGAAGAAUUUGUAGAAGAAAUUAAGAAGCUAGCAACACAGCACAAACAACUAAUUUCUCAGACCAAGAAAAAACAGUGGUGCUACAACUGUGAAGAGGAAGCCAUGUACCACUGUUGUUGGAACACAUCAUACUGUUCAAUCAAGUGUCAGCAAGAGCACUGGCAUGCUGAACACAAACGUACCUGUCGUCGGAAAAGAUGAAAGCUGUAUUCUUCCUGGAGAAUCACCCCGAUGAUUACUGUUCUCAGACACAGCGGUUUUUGUUUCCAAGAAGCCAAAAUUGUUUAGAAUUUGCUUCCCAUUUUGCACCAGCCUUUAAACACUUUUCGUGAAGAAAUUUUGCACAGUAGUUUAAAUCUUUUGUUAAUGCUCCUCCAGAGUUUUUCAGGAGGUAAAAGUAACAUCAGUGGAGGGUAUUAUUUUAAAUAAAUUAUAAUUGAGAAUUUGUUGCAUUUUCAGCAAAUUUUAAAACAUUUUUAGGUUUUCCAGAGAUUUUAACCUUUAAACAACAAAUCUUUAAAAAAAAAAAAAAAAAAACAGGUGAAUACAAGUGAGUUUAACAAAGAAACAUUUAAAAUAGAUCUGAAUGUAAGAACUACACAGAACUGCUUCAGAAAUAAAACAUACUACCUUGAUGUAACAUUUAUUUCUUAACCUUGUUGAGCUGGUUUUGUUCAGCUUAAUUUACUGUUUAAAGGCAUUAUCUAUUGGUUAUGCCAGUGGGUAUAUGAUUGAAUUUAGGGAACAGGGUUGACACAGCAGGUGCUAGUCCUGCAUAUUUUUUCUUAAAUAUUUCCCAAUUGUGUUUUUCAUUAUUUCUUUUCAAUAUAUAACUUUUAUAACAAAUUAUUAGCUUUGAUCUUGUAGUUUAAAAUUGCAGGGAACUGGGGUAAUCUUUUACUGAGCUGGAUCUUAGAGAAAAUGAAUAUUUAAAUUUUAAAGUUUGCACAUUUCGUCUUUGUCCUAACAUGAGUGCUUGUAACAAAGUAAAUAAACAACAAAAAUAAAACAAAAAGCCAAAAACUACCUUUACCCAUAUGUGAAAUGAUCAAUGAGGCAUUCAAAUUUCUUUAAUGCUUCCCUUCCCUCUCCAAAUAUCAUCUGACUGCCUAUUAUCUGGUGUCACCUAGUAUAUUGUAAGUAAGUUAAUACUAAAAGGAAAGAAAGCACUUAAGUUUCACAGAAGCCGUUAUGUUUGUAGUAAUGGGUCAUUGCCUAUUAAUGAACUCCAUCACUGUACACAGAAUGAAGAAUAAUGCAUGUUAAUUUUGUUGUAUUAAAGAUGCCGUGAUUUGUAAAAAGUCUGUAUUUUGCGGAAUGUCUGGAUUAAGAAGCAUUACAAUAGGAAUGGAUCGAUAGUUGAAUAAUGAUUUUUUUUUUUAUAUAUAUACAUAGAUAUAUAAAAUACAGCCAGGAAAACUUAAAUUACUUUAAAAAAAAAAAGAAAAAAGUCACAAUUUACGUUUUUUCAAAGGCUGACUGAUCUUAGACCAAGUCAAAUUCCCAUUUAUCAUUUAGUUAUUUUUUGAGGUUAGAGAAAUAAUUUGUAAAUAUUUAUUUAGAUCUUUGAUAUUUAUUAAAGCAAUUACACAUAAUGGAAGUGAAAGAAUCAGGAGAAAAGCCUUUAAAAAAGUUUUCUCUAGGUUUGUCAGGGUCACUCUAAAGAUAAAAAUAUAACUAAGUCUUCUGUGAAAUAAUCAUCCAUCCAGUCCUGAGACUGUUGCAGAUGGUGGUGACACAAGUUAAUUGACAAGCUACUGCCAAAUGGUGCACAAUAUUUUGUAAUAAUGACAUGGUAGCCCAUUUCAAAUGAUAUACCUAAAUUAUUCAGUAACUUGGAUGAUUACCCAUCCUUGUUACUGUGUAAUUAACCAUGUUGCCACAGUGUUGUGGUACUGAUUGAAUAAUAAUAAUACAUUAUAAUCAAGAAAAGUUAACCUUCUUUGAUUGUUUUUAAGUUUUAAAACUUCGAUCCACCCCUAUGAGAGCAAGUUAUUGUGGAAAUAUUUUUGGUGUAAAAUCAUUCCAGAGUAUGUAAUAUUUAACUGAUAGCUGCAUGAAAGUAAGAUUCGUGUUACUUUGGCUUUUUUGUCUCUGUUGACACGGUUGCACAUUUCCAAGUUACUACAGCGUGAAAACUGUGUGUUAAAAAACAAAAAAACAAAUUAAAAAAAGAGAUUGUGGCCUGGUUUUGUAAAAGUUUUAGGUAAAAUUACAAUUGAUUGUUUUAGGAAUCAUUAAAAAAUUUCUGCAAAUCAUAAAGCUAUAUUAAGGUGUUGAGCUUAGCCACUAUGCACAUUGUAAUUACUCAUUGUGGCUGUUCAGUUCUAUGAUGCAUUCUGGCAUUUUGUAAGCUGCUCUGACUAGCAAUAUAUAGAUUCAUUUAAUGUGUUAACAUUGGUUAAUAAAUGUAUUUAAAAAAAA